AUGUCGAGCGCGGACGUCUUCGAUUUCAACGCGGACAAGGUGGACGGGCAGAUGGUUGAUUUACUCGAGUUGGUUACCUCUGGCACCCUGAUAAUCUCCUUCGAAGCUCACCCCUUGAUGCAACCGCCCGACACCCAUCCAACGCUCUUCUUCCUCUUCGAUUUUAUCCGCAAUACGCGCAAGGAACUUAAGUCCAUUGAUCUCGACAAACUGCGCGCCGGCGACGCCGAGUCCAAGAAGAAGAUCACCGAUGUCCUGGGCCGGAAUACGUUCACCAAUGAUCUCAUCAACGAUACGUCGGGGAAAUUGGCGUUGUUGACCGGUGGCGAUCCCGGUAGACCGGUGGAUUUUGGGCAGGAUAUUAGGGACAAGGCGAGGGUUCUGAUGGAGCAGUGA